AAGAAAAAACAUUAGUAAAUUAAUUUUCUUUUUGGCUUCUGACCAAGAAAAAAGACUCUUCUAACAGAAGGAGAAAGUAGAGAUUUUUUUUUGUAGUCGAAUUCGGAAAAAAAAAAUGGCUCUAAGCUUUGGAUUGAUUUGAAUAUUUUUUCGAAGAAAACAAAAAUGUUUGCAGCUCGGCGUCUUCUUCUUUCCUGCAAACAAGGUGCGAAUCAGGCCGCCAGUUUUCUCCGAGGAAGAAGAAUUCAAUCGUCCAAUUACAGUCAAUCGACAAGACAGGGGACGACCCAUGGAAGGACAGAUCUUAACCCUUUGCCUGUCGGAACUGCUCAGACUUUCUCUCGCUCGCGUGCUCGUUAUGCUGCUCCAGCACUUGCGCUUGGGUUUACUGGAUUCUUAGCCUUUCUUCAUUACAACGACGAGAGGAGAGCUGUUCCUAAAGGUCAACCAAGCAGCAGCAAUAGUAGCGGUUGUGGCUGUGGUUCUAAUACAACAGUUAGAGGUCCUAUUAUCGGAGGUCCGUUCACGCUUAUGAGUACACAGAACAAGAUUGUUACUGAGAAAGACUUGCGUGAUAAAUGGGUGCUGCUCUACUUUGGAUACUCGUUUUCCCCUGAUGUUGGACCCGAGCAGUUGAAGAUGAUCUCCAGAGCUGUUGAUAAACUAGAGUCUAAUCAUGACAAGAAGAUUCUGCCGGUCUUUGUCACUCUUGACCCUGUACGAGACACACCUUCUCAUCUCCACGCCUACUUGAAAGAAUUUGAUGAUAGAAUACUUGGAUUGACCGGAUCGGCAAGUGCAAUGAGGCAAAUGGCACAAGAGUAUCGUGUUUAUUUUAAGAAGGUUCAAGAAGAUGGAGACGAUUACCUCGUUGAUACUUCUCACAACAUGUACUUGCUGAAUCCGAAGAUGGAGGUUGUGAGAUGCUUUGGGGUUGAGUAUAAUCCAGAUGACCUCGCACAAGAGGUUCUUAAAGAAGUUACUUCCCUUUCACAGUGACCCAUUUUGACCAAACACUAAAGAGAGGAUGUUUACUGAAUGAAACACUAAGUUCCUUUUUUCCCUCCAUUGGUCAAAUUUCAUUUAGACGAUGUUGCUAGUCAUUUGGUCAAUGAUGAUAUAGGAGUAGCGAGCUUGAAUGCCCAUGCUCAGCAAAGAAUUGAUCAAAUCGCAUAUUUCUAUAUUUACCACCAUUGUCGCUUUGAAAAGAGCAUUUUAAUCUAUUUUUUG